GCGGCGGGGGGAGCCGCCCCGCGGGGCCGCCUCUGCCCCUUCCCCGCCGCGCCGUUAAUGGAAACAUGGCGAUGGCGGCUCCGACCGGCAGCGCGGCGCCCGUCGCCCCGGCCCUCUGCGGCCACCUGGCCCUGCUGCUGCUCCUCGCCGUCCCCGCCGCCCACGGCUACAGCUUCCCGCAGCAGCACACUAUGCAGUACUGGGCCAGGAGGCUGGAGCAGGAGAUUGAUGGAGUGAUGAGGAUAUUUGGUGGUGUCCAGCAGCUCAGAGGGAUCUACAAUGAGAACAGAAACCUGUUUGAAGUCAAGGAGAAUGUGCCCAGGAAAUUGGUGGAGAAGGUCGCAGGAGACAUUGAGAACCUCUUGGCCAAGAAAGUCCGUGCUUUAAAGAGGCUUGCCAAUGCAGCUGAGAAGUUCCAGAAGGCUCAUCACUGGCAGGACAACAUCCGGGAGGAAGACAUUGAGUACUACGACUCCAAGGCCGAUACUGAAUACGAUGAUCCUGAUGGAGAAGAGAUCGAGAAGGAGAAGUCAAACUCCUUGAAGCUGGAGUUCACCGAUGAUGACAACUUCAAGACCAAGGUCAACUAUUCCUAUGCUGCUGUGCAGAUCCCAACAGACAUCUACAAAGGCUCCACUGUUAUCCUCAACGAGCUGAACUGGACGCAGGCACUGGAGGACGUCUUCAUUGAGAACCGGAAGGAGGAUCCCUCCCUGCUCUGGCAGGUGUUCGGCAGCGCCACCGGUGUCACCCGCUACUACCCAGCCACCCCGUGGAGAGCCCCCAAUAAGAUCGACCUCUACGAUGUGCGCAGGCGGCCCUGGUACAUCCAAGGCGCCUCCUCCCCAAAGGACAUGGUCAUCAUCGUGGAUGUGAGCGGCAGUGUGAGUGGCCUCACCCUCAAGCUGAUGAAGACCUCAGUCUAUGAGAUGCUGGACACCCUCUCAGAUGAUGACUACGUCAACGUGGCCUCAUUCAACGAGAAGGCGAAGCCAGUGUCAUGCUUCAAGCACCUGGUGCAGGCCAACAUCCGGAACAAGAAGGUGUUCAAGGAGGACGUGCAGGGGAUGGUGGCCAAGGGCACAACAGACUACAAGGCUGGCUUUGAGUACGCCUUUGACCAGCUGCAGAAUUCCAACAUCACACGUGCCAACUGCAACAAGAUGAUCAUGAUGUUCACGGAUGGUGGUGAAGACCGGGUGCAGGAUGUCUUUGAGAAGUACAACUGGCCCAAUAAGACGGUCCGGGUCUUCACCUUCUCUGUUGGGCAGCACAACUACGACGUGACCCCGCUGCAGUGGAUGGCCUGUGCCAACAAAGGUUACUACUUCGAAAUCCCCUCCAUCGGCGCCAUCCGCAUCAACACGCAGGAGUACCUGGAUGUGCUGGGCAGACCCAUGGUCCUGGCAGGGAACCGAGCCAAGCAGGUUCAGUGGACCAAUGUCUACCAGGAUGCCCUGGGGCUGGGCCUGGUGGUGACGGGCACGCUACCGGUGUUCAACCUGACAGAGGACAGCAGUGACAGGAAGAACCAGCUCAUCCUGGGUGUGAUGGGGAUUGACGUGGCUCUCAACGACAUCAAGAGGCUGACGCCGCGAUACAACCUGGGGGCAAAUGGUUACGUCUUUGCCAUCGACCUGAACGGCUACGUCCUGCUGCAUCCCAACCUGCAGCCCCAGAUCAUCAAUUUCCGUGAGCCGGUGACGCUGGACUUCCUGGAUGCUGAGCUGGAGGAUGAGAACAAGGAGGAGAUCCGGAGAAGCAUGAUUGAUGGGAAUGAUGGGCAGAGGUUCAUCAAGACCCUCAUCAAGUCCCUGGAUGAGCAAUACAUCGACGAGGUGUUCAGGACCUACACAUGGGCGCCCAUCAAAAGCACAAACUACAGCCUGGGGCUGGUUCUGCCUCCCUACAGCACCUACUACAUCCAGGCCAACCUCAGCGACCAGAUCCUGCAAGUGAAGUUACCAAACAUCAAAAUGAAGGAUUUUGAAUACCUGCUGCCCAACAGCUUUGAGUCGGAGGGACAUGUGUUCAUUGCUCCCAGAGAGUAUUGCAAAGACCUCGACUUGUCGGAUAACAACACCGAGUUCCUGGAAAACUUUAUUGCCCUCAUGGAAAAGGUGACCCCAGAUUCCAAGCAAUGUGACAACUUCCUCCUGCACAACCUGAUCCUGGACACAGGCAUCACGCAGCAGCUGGUGGAGCGGGUCUGGAAGGACCAGGACCUCAACACGUACAGCCUUCUGGCUGUCUUCGCAGCCACUGAUGGGGGCAUCACCCGUGUCUUCCCCAACAAGGCUGCAGAUGACUGGGAGGAGGAACCAGAGCCCUUCAACGCGAGCUUCUACCGGAGGAGCCUGGACAACAAGGGCUACAUCUUCAAGCCGCCCUACCGAGACGCCAGCUACCGGGGGCUGGACCUGGAGAACAACACCAUUGGGAUCCUGGUGAGCACUGCCGUGGAGCUCAGCAUCGGGGGCAAGACGCUGAAGCCAGCAGUGGUGGGGGUGAAACUGGACCUGGAGGCCUGGGCUGAGAAGUUCAAAGUGCUGGCAAGCAACCGGACAGAUCGUGACCAGCUGGGCGCCCGCCGGUGUGACCCCUCAACCAGCUGUGAGAUGGACUGCGAGGCCAACAACAAGGACCUCAUCUGCGUCCUCAUCGAUGAUGGGGGCUUCCUGGUGCUCUCCAACCAGGAGGACCACUGGUACCAGGUGGGCAAGUUCUUCAGCGAGGUGGACGCCAACCUGAUGUCUGCCCUCUACAACAACUCCUUCUACACACGCAAGGAGUCCUAUGACUUCCAGUCCGUCUGUGCCCCUGAGGCCCAGAGCAACACGGGCGCUGCACCCCGCGGCGUCUUUGUGCCCACCGUGGCUGAUCUCCUGAGCCUUGCCUGGUGGACCUCAGCUGCAGCCUGGUCUCUCUUCCAGCAGUUCCUGUACGGCCUCACCUACAGCAGCUGGUUCCAGACGGAGGAGGUGGCAGGGGAUGGCAUGGAGACCAGGGAGACGAGCUGCAUCAUGAAGCAGACACAGUACUACUUCAGCACCGUCAACGCCACCUACAACGCCAUCAUCGAUUGUGGCAACUGCUCCAGGCUCUUCCAUGCUCAGAGGCUGGCCAACACCAACCUGCUCUUCGUGGUGGCUGACAAGCCCCUCUGCAGCCAGUGUGAGUCUGUUAAACUGCUGCAGGCAGAGGUAAGAGCCCCCCCGAGGGACCCCAACCAGUGUGAUCUGGUGGACAGGCCCCGCUACCGGAAAGGCCCCCACAUCUGCUUCGACUACAAUGCAACAAUCACUGUGAAAUCCUGCCCGCCCCAGCCCUGCCUGCCCCGCCCAGCCCUGCCAAAGACACCGUGCUGGCCAGAGGGACAUGUGGCCUGUCCCCAGACAGGCGGUGACAUGUGUCCCACGCGUCCCCGAGCAGGAGGUGCCACAUGUCCCCAGAAGGGACGUGCCCAGGCCGUCCCUCGGGGCUCCGGGGCUGCUGGCAGCGGCGUGGGGAGCUGGUGGGGGGCACCCAGAGCGGGGGGGCAGGAUGCAAUGGGGUGCCCCGAGGUUUUAGAGCUCACACCAGGGCACUGGGGUGGAGGGGGGGGGUGUGUGUGUGUGUGCCCCUCAGCUGAAACUCGGUGCCGAGGAGGGGGACAGAGUGGCCCCAGCACCCCACUGCACCCUGACAGCCGAGCUGGGAGAGGUGCCACGGGGCCGGGGGGGCCCUCCAGGUGGGUGCAGGUGCCCAGCCGUGACACCCUGGGGGGCCAGGCCCAUCUCUCCGUGCACCCCGCUGCUCCCGGCAGUGCCGGGGGGUCCCUGCCUGGGCAGGCAGCCCCGGGGACCCUCACCCCCCUGGGACAGCCUGCUCAGAGCCACCCCGUCCUCCAGGGCCUGGGGAGCCCCCUCGGCACGGCCACCCCGGGGGGAGCUGGGGAGGGCGCCAGGCGCUAAUUAAUGCUGGGGUUAAUUAAUGGUCAUUCUGCUUGUAGCUUUUUCAGUGUGUGUUUGGUUACUGUCUCUGGGAACCGUGUUUGAACAGAUGGCUCUGUGUUACCGGGAGUGUGUGUACUUCUGUAGUCUAGUUAGGUGCUCUGCCAGAAACCCACCACUAUACAUAUCUAUAAAUAUAUACAUAUAUAGUCUAUUUUAAGUUAAAAACCAAUGAGACAAAGGGGCUGCACGACCCUGGGCCCCCCCUGUCUUGCUGGGGUCGUGUCCUGCCCUUUUCCCCUCCCCAGUCCCCCCCGGAAAGCUUCUCUCUGCUCAUUCAAAGGCAUUGGGGUUUUAAUUUUAUUUAUUUAUUUAUUUAUUUAUUUAUUCAUUUAUUUAUGUUUCUUUGGGUUUAAAUUUUUUUUUUGUACAGAAGAGUUGGAAAACUUAAAAAAAAAAUACAAAAACAAAACAAACAAAACAAAAAACCAACAAAAAAGACAAUUUGUAAGAUAUCGUGCGUGUGACUCCUUGUAAAAUAUUUUCAAAUGGUUUAUUACAGAGACUCGGUUAUUAAAUAAUGUUCAUAUUUUCACUUCA